AUGACAGGAAGAAAGGGUCAAGAGCAGCGCAGCACUGGCGCUGGCCGUCAACAGUUCGAGUUCAUCUCUGUGUCUGGGACGAAUAUUCGCGGCAACGCAGAAACACGGCGGCGCGUGAGGAGUCGUGCGCAAGCUGACUAUCGUCGGCGCAACCCACCUCCCCCGCGGAACGCCUUGACGGUUGACUUGGAUGUUGGAUCAUGGCUACAGGCUUUGUCGCGCGAAGCAGCGACCAGGCCGCCGCAUCAAGGACUGGAGUCCGCGGGGAUGCAACCAGUGUUGCAAUCUACCGAAAUGAUGCAAAUAAACACAAACGAAUUUGGUCCUAUCAGUGCAGAGAAUAGCGCGAGCAUUUUUGAGCUGGUGCCCGCAGACCAGAGACCAAGAGUUCGUCAGCUAUGGAAUCACUUAUAUGGAGGCUGUGUCGUCUUCAAAUCUAUGAUUGAAAUUGGAUUUUUCAAUCUGUUACAAGGCUCCGCGUCACUUACACAAAUGCUAUCAUCGUCAGCGUGGCAUAUGAAGAGUUCAAGUACCGAAGACGACGAGAGCAGCAUAGAUUAUGCCAGAUACUCUCUGAUGGCUACCAGAGCGCUACGGCGUCGACUGGAUGACCCCGUUCAAAGGGCCAGUCUAGAGACCAUCACAGCAAUCCUUGCGUUUGCGGCUUUCGCAAAUUUAACUAGCAACCCGCAGCUGAUCAACGUUCACCUUGACGGACUUUCUCACGCCAUCAGCAGUGUGGGUGGCCUGGCAGCACUCCGGCAUUUACCUGUUAUUCAAGUAAUGAUGUAUUGGAUCGAUGUCCGAGGUAGCUAUCUGCAGGAUAGAAAACCGCGUUAUCCACAGCCAUAUGAAAUCCUAUCAACAGAGAGUAAAAUUCGAGUCGCACCGAUGCCCACCGUGGAACAGUUAGGUAGCAAUGGCUUGCUAAGCCAAGAUCCGGCCGUGAGACACAUUUUUGAAGCCAUACAGGAGGUCAAUUCUCUCAUAAAUGCUGAAGCAUAUGCUCUAGGCGAUGCAUUUUGGCAAAGCGUCCUCUUCCCAGGCUUUCAACUAGCUCCGAUCCUUUACGACCUCUUAUCACUGCCCCGAGUUACACAUGGUAUGUCUAGUAAAAUCUUAAUUCGAAGAGAAUGUUUUCGAUUAGCUGGUAUCCUCUACAUUAGCGAAGUUCGCGCAAAAUUUGGGAUGGAUAACACCGGGGCCACCUCAUUUGCCCAAAAAUUGCUACGCAGCUUAAAGAGCCCCGAGAUGCUCAGCUCAUGGGAGUCUGAUAACUUUUUCUUAAUAUGGAGUCUCACUAUUGGCUCUGUUUCAUUAUGCGUACCUGAAGCUCUGCGCCUGGAGUUUAUGGACAUGCUGGCAGAACGCCUAACACAUUCACUUCCUGACGUUUUACCGACAGCGUCUCGGUUGUUCAUAUGA